AUGCGAACUACAAUUGCAUUUGCUGCCCUAGCCGCAGCUGCCGCUGCCGCUCCCCAAGGUGGUACAACCCCAUCUGGUGAUUGUACUUCUUCCUCCCCAGGAAAGUUCCUUAUCCAGUCCGAUACUAGUGCGUCUGCGAAGCGCGACAUACGGAACUCUACCGACUGUUCAGUUGAAGGCACUUUGACAGUUGAACUUUCCGACGGCAAACUCACGGAUAGUCAGGGCCGUACUGGCUACAUUGCCGCCAAUAACCAGUUCCAGUUUGAUAAUCCUCCGCAGCCCGACGCCCUUGCUACCGAUGGUUGGUCCGUCUGUAAGAAUCAAACCUUGGAAUUGAAAGGCUCCCCGGACUUUUUCCAAUGUGAUAGUGGCGGGUUCUUCAACAUCUACAACAAGCAUUUGACCGACCAAUGCAUCCCCACUUUGCUAAAUCUUCUUCCCUGCGAAGGAAGUGGUGCUGAUACUGGUGGUGGCGGUGGAGUUGGAAAUUCAACUGGGGGUUCAGGUGGAGGCAGUGGCUCAGGUGGAGGUGUUGGAGCCUCACAGAUCGCAGACGGUCAAGUCCAAGCCGGUGGUCAAGGCGGCCAAGGUGGAGGCGGAUCAGGUGGCCAGGCAGGCGGAGGACAGGCGGGAGGAGGCCAGGCAGGAGGAGGUCAACCAGGAGGUGGUGGGGCCUCACAGAUCCCAGAUGGUCAGGUACAAACAGGUGGGGGCGGUGGUACUGGCCAAGGUGGUGGACAGCCAGGAGGUGGACAGCCAGGAGGUGGUCAACCAGGAGGUGGACAGCCAGGAGGUGGACAACCAGGAGGUGGACAACCAGGAGGUGGCCAGGCAGGAGGUGGCGGAGCCUCACAGAUCCCAGAUGGUCAGAUACAAACAGGCGGGGGCGGUGGUUCUGGGCAAGGCGGAGGUGGCUCUGGUCAAGGUGGCGGUGGUGGUGGUGGAACUGCUGGCCAGAAACCCGAUGGCCAACCAGGAGUCCAUGCCCGCGCCCUCAUAGAGAGCCCCGAUGGCAAGAUCCAUCUCCGCAGCACCUCCUCUGCUGGGGCUAGCAUCAAGAUGCUCGGAAGCCAGAGCGCUGCCAUUAUCGUUGCCGUUGUGGCUGUGGUUUUAUUGUAA